AUGGAUGGAUAUCUGUUAAACAUGGACAUGAAGUCGGAAGGGGAUAGGCAACCAAGGAAAGUCAGGUUCAGGAUUGCGUCAUCCUAUAGUGGGCGAGUGUUGAAAGAGGUCUACACGGAUGGUGAUUCUGUGGAUUCUGAAUGUGCCAGCAGCUCGGAGACUGACCAGAAUAGCAUACCAAGUGAGACAGAUGGGCACCAUAAUGGAUUUUUAGGUUCAGAGUUUGAUGAAAGUGAAAAUGAGCCAGAUGACUUGCUAGUUCUAGCAAGAGCCACUAAGGACAGGGGAUUCGGAACAAAACGAGUGAAUAUACUGAGUAAGAAUGGAACAGUCAGAGGAGUCAAACAUAAAGUCAGUGCUGGCCAAGCCUUGUUUGACAAUUUGGCAAAAGUAUUCCAGGCCUCUACCACUCUGGAAUAUGGGCGGAUAGUGAUCUACACAACCAGUCUGCGCGUGGUUAGAAACACAUUUGAGAGGUGUGAAAUGGUGAGAAAGAUCUUCCAGAAUCACAGAGUAAAGUUUGAAGAGAAGAAUAUUGCUCUGAAUGGUGAUUAUGGAAAAGAGCUGGAUGACAGAUGUCGCCAGGUAGCAGAACUGCCAUCUCUUCCCGUCGUUUUCAUUGAUGGCCAUUAUCUCGGGGGUGCCGAAAAAAUAUUGUCAAUGAAUGAAUCGGGAGAACUCCAAGAUCUCUUAAUGAAGAUUGAGCGAGUUCAGCACCCCCAUGCAUGUGCCUCCUGUGGGGGUUUUGGCUUUGUUCCUUGUCUAGUGUGCCAUGGAAGCAAGAUGUCAGUGUUUCGAAACUGCUUCACGGACUCUUUUAAAGCUUUAAAGUGCACGGCCUGCAAUGAGAAUGGCCUACAGCGCUGUAAAAGCUGUGCCGUAUAA